UAUCUACAAAAACAUUCAUUAAAGCUUGUAACAGAAAUAUAAAAAAUAAAAAAAAAUCGUAGGUGAUUAUGGGACGCUAUGAAGAUGAAAGAUUGCUCUUGGAAGGCAGACUUGUUGAGACCGAGGACAGCCUCUACACGGGAGAUGGUUCAGUUGACAUCAAGGGAAGAAAAAUCUUAAAAACCAAUACUGGAAAUUGGAGAGCAUGCCCCUUUAUCCUUGGAAAUGAAUGUUGUGAGCGUCUAGCCUAUUAUGGAAUAUCUACUAACCUUGUGAGCUACCUCACUAAAAAGUUGCAUGAAGGAAACGCUUCCGCUGCCAGAAAUGUUACUACUUGGCAAGGCACAUGCUACCUGACUCCUCUUAUCGGUGCUGUCUUGGCAGAUGCAUAUUGUGGAAGAUAUUGGAUUAUUGCUGUCUUCUCUAUCAUAUACUUCAUUGGAAUGUGCACAUUGACUAUGUCAGCAUCAGUCCCAUCUUUGAAGCCUGUCGAAUGCGUGGGUAUUGAUUGCCCAAGAGCCACCCCUAGUCAGUAUGCAUUUUUCUUCAGUGGGCUUUAUCUGAUUGCACUUGGUACUGGAGGGAUCAAACCAUGUGUUUCAUCUUUUGGGGCUGAUCAAUUUGAUGACACGGAUUCAAAAGAGAGAGUAUCAAAGGGAUCUUUCUUCAAUUGGUUCUAUUUCUCCAUCAAUAUCGGUGCAUUAAUUUCAAGUUCAUUAAUUGUAUGGAUUCAAGACAAUAAGGGGUGGGGACUAGGUUUUGGCAUUCCUGCAUUAUUCAUGGGUGCUGCUAUCGUUAGUUUCUUUCUUGGAACACCUCUUUAUAGAUUUCAGAAACCAGGUGGAAGCCCAAUUACACGAAUGUGCCAGGUUUUGGUUGCAUCAUUUCAUAACAGGAAUCUGCGAGUUCCUACUGAUAGCUCACUUCUAUAUGAAACUCCUGAUAAAGUCUCAGCAAUCAAGGGAAGCCGAAAACUCAUUCAUACUGACGAAAUGGAGUUUCUUGAUAAAGCUGCUGUACUCUCCACAACCGAAACCAGCAGUGGUAACUACUCCAAUCCGUGGAGAUUAUGUACUGUAACCCAGGUAGAGGAACUAAAAAUCUUGAUCCGAAUGUUCCCAAUCUGGGCAACCGGGAUCGUUUUCUGUGCAGUAUAUGCCCAAAUGUCAACCUUGUUUGUAGAACAAGGAAUGAUGAUGGACACGGCAAUUGGUACAUUCACCAUUCCUGCUGCUUCUCUUUCCUCUUUUGAUGUCAUAAGUGUCAUCUUUUGGGUACCUGUUUAUGACCGAAUCCUUGUCCCGAUUGCAAGAAAAAUCACAAAGCAAGAAAGAGGCUUUACUGAACUGCAAAGGAUGGGUAUCGGUCUCUUUCUCUCUAUUUUUUGCAUGUCUGCUGCAGCUUUGGUUGAGAUUAAACGUCUCAGUAUUGCUAGAUCACUCGGGUUAAUUGAUAAAAAUACCCCUGUUCCAAUUAGUAUCUUCUGGCAAAUACCCCAAUACUUCUUGUUAGGUGCCGCAGAAGUGUUUACUUUCAUUGGCCAGCUUGAGUUCUUCUAUGAUCAGUCACCCGAUGCUAUGCGUAGUUUGUGUAGUGCACUUGCUUUACUGACGAAUUCACUGGGGAAUUAUCUGAGUUCCUUCAUUUUAACCGUGGUCACAUCUGUUACUACUCGUGGUGGACAACUUGGAUGGAUACCUGAUAACUUGAAUCAAGGUCAUCUUGAUCGGUUUUUCUGGCUUUUGGCUGGGCUUAGUUUCUUGAAUAUGGUGGUGUACGUAGUUUGUGCUAAGUUGUACAAAUCAAAAGCCGCUUCCUAAAUUUUUGCAACAAGUUCAUCUUACUAUAGAUCAAUGAUGUUUCUAUAUUGUUUAAUAAGCUUCAUUAGGGUUGGCCUAACAUCAGUUGUUUUUAUACUUAUCAAUGGGAUAGUGCACAUCUCUUUUUUCAUUAGGAUGUACUGUAUGCUCGGAAAUAUUUUUUUCAGAAAAAUGUGUGAGAAACAUGUUCAUGUAUCAAUUGCUUCAGAAUUUAUGGCAAAUGAUUAAUGUUUUGAAA